UGAUAUAAUAAUAAAACGUUUUAUUACAUUUCCACUGAAUGUAUUUAAACCGCCAAGGGGAAAUGUUAGUCAGCUAAUUGUUAUAGGCGGUGAACGUAGAUCAAAUUGGGCUUGCGAACUAGCUUUAAUGUUGUCCAAUGGUUAGCUGACUGUAGACGGUCUUAACGUCACCGCGGCUAGCUAGCUAACAUUAACGUUAGGAAGCAUGCGUCCUGUUGUCAUCCAACGUUAGUUACCAGCCGUUAUCAACCUGACAAGACACAUUUCUGUUACCGACAGUGAAUGUGUGGUUGUAAAACUGUGUUAACCUAACUUAACGUUACAUAUACGCCGUUAGAAAGGUGGAGAUAAUGCACCACGUCAAGAUCAAGACUGAAAGGCCAGAUUCAGAGGGGACAGGUGCACGAAGCAGAUUGGAUGCUGUAUUAAGUGGACUGGUAGAGAGGAGUGAAAAUGAAAGAGAGCAAAAUGAGGGUGAUACUGGGAAAACAUCAACGGACUCUUUAAACAAGGAUUUGUCUCCAUCAUCUGCUGGAAAAAGGCCAUCAACUCGAUUUCCCCAGCACCGGAGAAAGAAGCGAAAAGAGAUGGAUGAGGGCAUCCCAGAGAGCAAUCAGCAUAAACAAAAUUCCUACAUUAUUAAGUUGUUUGAUCGCAGUGUGGAUCUGGCUCAGUUCAACACCAGCACUCCGCUGUAUCCUAUCUGCCGUGCCUGGAUGAGAAACAAUCCUUCUGUUCGAGAGCCAGCUACUUCCCCAAGCCCCCCACACAGCAUGGCAGAGGAAGAGGCUACAGACAUGGUAAUCAAUGGUAAAGGUCAGAACGUGUACAGACUCCCUCCUCCAACCUCCUGUCCAACCAGCACCUCUGGUGAACCCAUCAAUCUCCGGAUCCCACAGACCGAAAAACCCACUGUUACCAAGUUAACCGAUUCGGGUCCUGUAUCAGGUUCUCUCAUUUGUGACCACAUGGAGCGUUGGAAAAAGAUAAGGCAAAAAUGGAAGGAGUGCUCUAACAAGAACCAGUUGAGAUACAGCGACAGUAUCAAGAUCCUUAAAGAGAUGAAGGAGCUCUAUGAUCACUGACUGGCUCUCCAGCACAGAAUGGACUAUGCAGUUGGAAAGGAGCCAUGGCACAGCAGUCAGUAUUUGAAUGCACCUGCCAUCUACUCAGUCAUACUCGUAGGAAAGCAUGAACAGAACUUUGAGCCUUAAAAAGACCAUAUGUCCUAUGCAUUGCAGAAAAAAAUAUUUUCAAGGAUGUUUGAGUUUGUUGCAGAUUUUUUAGGGGGACAUUGUAGUGUGAUGUGGGACUGUUUUAUUCAUAAACAUUCUGCAUAGAUGGCUGAAUAAAUGAACUUGCUCACCAACUUUC